CAAAACACUAACAGGGCAUGCGCGCCGUCGGUCUUUCGCAGACAACAUCUGCCUGUUUUUAAAUAAUAAUAUUUACAACUUGCAACAACUCAAACAUAAUUGGCCUACAUAAGUUAACUAAAUGUGUGUACAUGAUAGUAAACUUGAACUAACAAAAGCCAAAAAAAGUUGUGCCGUCUGCUAAGGCCUCAGACAGGAGAGACCGCCGCUGGCACAGGAAGUUGGUGUUGCUAUUUGGCGAGCUGGGGGCGAGAAGCUGAGCUGAAUUUUAAUUUCAGGUGCCGAGUAGCAGCAGCAGCAGGAUGAGCUCAGACGGGACCGGCAAGCCUAUCAAGGUGGGCUCCCGGGUAGAGGUGAUCGGUAAGGGGUACCGCGGCACCGUGGCAUACAUCGGAGCCACCCUGUUCGCCACCGGCAAGUGGGUGGGAGUCAUUCUUGAUGAUGCCAAGGGCAAGAACGACGGCACGGUGCAGGGCAAGAGGUACUUUACUUGUGAGGAGAACCACGGCAUCUUCGUCCGACAGUCACAGAUCCAGCUGGUUGACGAUGGAGCAGACACCACUUCUCCAGAGACCCCUGAACCCUUGGCUUCAAAGUACCCCAAACGAGAGCUAUUGGAAACGCCUAAAUCCAGCAAACUGCGAGGAGUGAAACUCAAGAAGACCCCAACUCCCAGGAAGACCCCAGCCAGGCGGACCAAGCCAACGCGGCCCCCCAGCUCGGCAGCAUCCAGUGCCACAGCGGGUCCCUCUGGGUCAGCCUCGGCCUCCGGGGGGGACAUGAGCAGCAGCGAGCCCAGUACCCCCGCCCAGACCCCCCUGGCAGCACCCAUGAUCCCCACCCCUAGCAUGGGCCUCACCUCUCCAGGAGCUCACCCUCAUCCAACUGCCAGCAAGGAGGAGGAGGCCCUGCGUGUUCAGGUUAAGGACCUGGAAGAAAAGCUGGAGACACUGAAGAUGAAGCGCAGCGAGGACAAGGCCAAGCUCAAGGAGCUGGAGAAGUACAAGAUCCAGCUGGAACAGCUACAGGAGUGGAAGAGCAAGAUGCAGGAGCAGCAGGCUGACGUGCAAAAGCAGCUAAAGGAGGCCAAAAAGGAAGCCAGAGAGGCUCUGGAGGCAAAGGAUCGCUACAUGGAGGAGAUGGCAGACACGGCGGACGCGAUCGAGAUGGCAACUCUUGACAAGGAAAUGGCUGAGGAACGAGCCGAGUCCCUGCAGCAGGAGGUGGACUCCCUGAAAGAGAAGAUGGAGGAGCUGACCAUGGACCUGGAGAUCCUCAAGCAUGAGAUCGAGGAGAAAGGAUCUGACGGAGCUGCCUCAAGUUACCAUGUGAAACAGCUGGAGGAACAGAACGGCAGACUGAAGGAGGCACUUGUCAGGAUGCGAGACCUGUCGGCCUCAGAGAAGCAGGAGCAUGUGAAGCUGCAGAAGCAGAUGGAGAAGAAGAACUCGGAGCUGGAGAUCCUGCGGCAGCAGAAGGAGAAGCUGAUGGAGGAGAUGAUGCAGGCCGAGAAGAUCAUCGAUGAGCUUAAGGAGCAGGUUGAUGCUGCUCUGGGUGCAGAGGAGAUGGUGGAGACACUAACAGAGAGAAACCUGGAUCUGGAGGAGAAAGUGAGGGAGCUGAGAGAAACUGCCAGUGACUUGGAGGCCAUCAACGAGAUGAACGAUGAGCUGCAGGAGAACGCUCGGGAGACAGAGCUGGAGCUGCGUGAGCAGCUGGACCUGGGCAGUGUGCAAGUCAGAGAGGCUGAGAAAAGGGUAGAGGCUGCGCAGGAGACCGUCGCUGACUACCAGCAGACCAUCAAAAAGUACCGGGAGCUGACCGCACACUUGCAGGAGGUGAACCGUGAGCUGAUGAGUCAACAGGAGGCCUCAGCAGAACAGCAGCAGCAGCAGCCACCUGCAGAAAUGUUCGACUUCAAGAUCAAGUUUGCAGAGACCAAGGCCUACGCUAAGGCAAUCGAAAUGGAGCUGCGGAAGAUGGAGGUGAACCAGGCGAACCGGCAGGUGUCUCUGCUUACCUCCUUCAUGCCAGACUCCUUCCUUCGCCACGGGGGCGACCACGACUGCAUCCUGGUGCUGCUGCUCAUCCCCCGCCUCAUCUGCAAGGCUGAGCUGAUCAGCAACCAGGCCCAGGAGAAGUUUGAUCUGAAUGAGAACUGCGUGGCAAGGCCAGGCCUGCGAGGAGCAGUGGGAGAGCAGCUAAGCUUCACUGCAGGACUGGUGUACUCGCUCAGCCUGCUCCAGGCAACCCUGCACAAAUACGAACAAGCUCUGAACCAGUGCAGCGUGGAGGUUUAUAAGAAGAUUGGCACUCUGUAUCCAGAGAUGAGUGUCCAUGAGCGCUCCCUGGACUUCCUGAUUGACCUCCUACACAAGGACCAGCUGGACGAGACGGUCAAUGUGGAGCCCCUCACCAAGGCCAUUAAAUACUACCAGCACUUGUACAGUAUCCACCUCGCAGAACAACAUGAGGACUGCACCCUGCAGCUUGCUGACCACAUCAAAUUUACCCAGAGUGCCUUGGAUUGCAUGGGAGUGGAGGUUGGCAGACUUCGGGCCUUCCUUCAUACUGGACAGGAAGCUGCAGAUCUUGCCAUCCUUUUGAAGGACUUGGAGACGUCCUGCAGUGAUAUUCGGCAGUUCUGUAAGAAGAUCCGCCGCCGCAUGCCUGGAACAGACGUGCCUGGCAUCCCAGCGGCACUCACCUUUGGACUGCCGGUGUCAGAAACCCUGAUGGACUGUCGGAAGCACCUGACAUGGGUGGUGGCUGUGCUGCAGGAGGUAGCUGCAGCCGGGGCCCAGAUGAUCGCCCCCCUCACUGAGCAGGAGGGUCUGUCUGCACUCAAACUGGAAGACAUGGCCUUCAAAGCAGGGGAACAGAUCUAUGGUGCCCAGGGUAUCAGCCCCUACGACUGCCUGCGCCAGUCCUGCAGCAUCGUCAUCGCCACCAUGAACAAAAUGGCAACAGCCAUGCAGGAAGGGGAGUAUGAUGCUGACAGACCUCAGAACAGGCCAACUCCUCCAGUGGAGCUGAGAGCAGCAGCACUGAGAGCGGAGAUUACCGAUGCAGAGGGGCUGGGGCUCAAAUUAGAGGACAGAGAGACAGUCAUCAAGGAGCUUAAGAAGUCCCUCAAAAUCAAGGGUGAGGAGCUGAGUGAAGCCAGUGUUCGUCUGAGUCUCCUGGAGAAGAAGCUGGACAGCUCCUCGAAGGACGCAGAUGAAAGGGUGGAGAAGAUCCAGACCAGGCUGGACGAGACCCGGGCACUGCUCAAGAAAAAAGAGAAGGAGUUUGAGGAGACAAUGGAUGCUCUCCAGGCAGACAUCGACCAGCUUGAGUCGGAGAAAGCAGAACUGAAGCAGCGCCUCAACAAUCAAUCCAAAAUGACCAUCGAUGGUCUGCAAAGGCCGCCCGCAUCGGGGAUCGCUUCUAUCGUCACUGGUGUUGCAGCCGAGGAACAGCAGAAAGGUGUUGGGAGCAUGCAGUCCAUGGGCGGUGGCUCCGGCCCAGUCCAGGUGAUCGACUCUCCUCUGCUCCUCCAGCAAAUUGAUGCCCAGCGACUCGGCAUCAAAUAUCUCAAGAACGAGAACAACCGGCUCAAGGCUGAGAAGAUGAACGCUCAGUUGGCAUCCCUGCCGCCUCUGCGUGUUUCCAAACUGCCUUUGAAGGAGGGAGUGAACACAGACCUGCAAUCCAACCCCCUGUACCGUAAGACCAGCCAGCUGCUGGAGACGCUGCUGCAGAUGAGUGCCAACAUGAAAGUGGUGGACAUCACCGGAAAAACACCAGUGAGCCCUACUGCACAGCUGAUGGAGCAGACUGCCCGUCUCAAGAGUCUGAGUGACACACUGGACAGACUGAAGGAUGAAGUGGCCGAGCAUGUGGUGUCUCAGCGCCCCGGUGCCCGUGUGCCCUCGGACUUCGCCACUUUCCCCUCCUCCUCCUUUGUCAAGGCUCAAGUGGAGCAGAAGGACGACACUGUGCUCAUAGGAAGAGUGAUGUUCCCUUGUCCCCGCGGGCAGGAGCAGAUCCACAGGGUUGUCCUAACACCGCCACAGCUGCACAAAGUGCACCGCCUGCUCCUCUCCACCUAGACUACUCCACACCGCAAAUCUGCACUCCCCUCCCCCCUUGUUAUCGUGCUGUAUUUAUGCAGGCUGCUAGCUUUCAAUGUAGUGACAUCCCAUACUGGCAUGGAAAGGUGCUGUGCUUAGGCAUAGCAGGGCUGGCAAAACUUGAUGAUGACCACUUGGGACCAUUUGAAAUCAUAACUGUUCCGAUUUGAAGAAAACAAACAAACAAAAUAAAACUCAUUAACGCUAGUGUCAUGUGGCCUUUGUGUAAUAAGCCCUAAUAAGCCAUGUUAUAUUUUGUCAUGUGUGCGCUAAGCUUCCAGUAAGCUGGGAAAAAGUUAAGGAAAAUGAAUAUAAACAAAAAUAAUAAUAAACAGAUAAUGAAUCCAAAUUUGUCAUGUUUACGACAUGAUUUUGUAUUUUCCCGAAACCAUUUUUUCUUUGCUAAAAGAUGAAUUGGGCUCCAAGUCUGUGUGAGUCUUUCCUAUAACACAGUUUGUGUGAGACAUGUUUUGAUUAUUUAUGCAUGUCUUCAAAUAUACAAUGAUGCCUUGAAGCCAUUGCAUGAUGUCUUGACAUAGUUACUUGUAAGGAAGUACAGGAUUUUUUCAAUUGUUAAUCUACAAUGGUGUCACAUUUGAGCUUAGUCAUAACUUCAAAGUCAAGCAUUGUGUAGAGUAGUGUGAAGUUUUAAAGAGAAUGGAUUGGACAUGAUCUUGCUCUGAAUUAACACUUGAAUGGGUUGUUACUGUGUUGAAUAACAAAAUAAUCAGCCAUGCUGCUGGGAGUAUUUAAGAAAUCAACCUGCAGGAUAUUUAAAACCAGUUCAUUUCAAGUGGAUGUGUGCUUUUCCAGUCUUCAGUGGAGAAUGUAAGAGUUGAAUAACAUGCUAGGUAAUGCUUUAGUUUAGCCGUAUCCACCUUUUUAUUGUGCACUAAUCUUUGUUCGGUUUAGAUGUGGAACAACCAACAGAAUAUACACUAAGAUUAAUUUUGUUCUGAAAGUUUUUAAUGGCCAUUAUCAUUAAAAAUAUAUAUAU